AUGGCAGCAGCAAAGCCCCAUUUCAAAGUGCCUGCUGGCAACACGGCUGUCGCUGUUCGAAUGAUCAACCCCGUGAACUUUGGGCCGGCCAUACUCACACGGUUCGUCUUGCCUCAAGUGCCGCACGUCGAGAAGAAGAGACCAGGGCCGUGUCUCACAUUUUUACUCGAGCAUCCUUCCGGCAGGAAGCUGGUGUUUGACCUGGGUAUUCGCAAAGACUACCAGAACUACUCGCCAACCAUUGCCAACUAUAUCCCUACCACCAAUUAUACUAUCGAAGUCACGAAGAACGUCGCCGAUAUUCUUGAUGAAAACGACAUUCCUAUAUCGAGUAUUGAGGCCGUGAUUUGGAGUCAUUGGCACUGGGACCACAUUGGUGACCCAUCAACAUUCCCCUCAUCCACAGACCUUGUAGUCGGCCAGGGCUUCAAGGAUGCAAUGCUGCCUGGCUACCCUGGAAACCCAGAUUCACCUAUUCGUCAGUCAGAUUACGAAGGCCGCAACUUGCGCGAAAUCACCUUCGAGACCUGCGGCCUCCGUAUCGGUAAGUUUCCUGCUCACGACUAUUUCGGCGAUGGGUCCUUCUAUCUUCUCGACAGCCCAGGACAUGCUGUAGGACAUCUAUGCGGUCUUGCCCGGACUACCGUCGACCCACCUACCUUCAUUCUCAUGGGUGGCGAUAUCUGUCACUACCCAGGUAUCUUUCGGCCGUCAGAAUGGCGGCACAUGCCCGACAAGAUCUCACCUAACCCUUUCGACCUACACAGCGAAACUGGCCACAACGUUCCUUUCUGUCUCGGCAGCGCUUGGGAAGAGCUUCAAGUGUCGCGGAACAGGAAGUCCACAGAGCCGCUUUUUGAGUUGAACUUUGGGCAUGAUAUCCCGCUUGCCAGGAAUACGCGGGACCAGCUGCAGGAGCUGGAUUGUGAUGACGACAUCUUUGUGAUUGUGGCGCACGACGCAGGUGUUAGGGAUCAGGUCGCACACUUCCCAGAGUCGCUGAAUGAUUGGAAGAAGAAGGGCUGGGCGGCCGAGACACGAUGGACGUUCCUACGGGAUCUGGAGCCGUAUUUCAAGACGAAAAAUAUUGCAAUGUGUUAA